UGGUAGUAAUCCAAUUUGUCUUACAUUCCAAACACACGUCAACAUAGAAACCACUUCCAGAAAACGCCACUAUCCUAACAAUCAUGCACCAACUACGUUUAAUAGUUAUCACCUUCUUUUUCCCCUUUAUAUUCCACCUUAGUAAUUUCAUUAUUUCACCCAAAGAAAAGAAAAAUGUCGAAAACUUUAGUAGACGAGUGUCGUGGCGUACUUCAUGUCUAUAGCGACGGUUCCAUACUCCGUGCCGCAAACCCAGCUUUUAACGUCCCAGUUCACGACGACGGCACCGUUUUAUGGAAAGAUGUUGUUUUCGACUCAGCUCAUGAUCUUAAGCUUCGUCUUUAUAAGCCAGCUAAUUCAACAAAAGGCUCCAACCUUCCAGUUUUUUACUACCUUCACGGUGGUGGCUUCUGCAUCGGCUCACGAGCAUGGCCAAACUGUCAAAACUAUUGCUUCAAACUCUCUUCUCAGCUGCAAGUGAUAGUGGUUGCACCAGACUAUAGGCUUGCCCCAGAGAAUCGGCUUCCAUGCGCGUUUGAAGAUGGCUUCACGGCUGUUAAAUGGCUUCAACAACAAGCUCUGAGCAGUGAGAGUGAGACAGACUCUUGGUUGAACGACGUGGCUGAUUUUAGCCGGGUUUUUAUCUCGGGUGACUCGGCCGGUGGUACCAUGGCUCAUGAAUUGGCGGUUCGGCUUGGGUUUGGUUCGACGGAGCUGGAACCGGUUAGGGUUCGGGGUUAUGUUCUACUGGCACCGUUUUUUGGUGGAACGGUUCGAAGCAAGUCGGAAGCUGAAGGGCCUAAAGAUGCUUUUCUGAACUUAGAACUUAUUGACAGGUUUUGGAGGCUUUCGAUACCGAUCGGAGAGGACACGGAUCACCCAUUUGUGAAUCCGUUUGGACCGGUUAGUAAGAGUUUUGAGGAGAUUGAUCUUGAUCCUAUUCUGGUAGUUGUUGGAGAAAAGGAUUUGCUUAAAGAUAGAGCAAAGGAAUAUGCAAAUAGGCUUAAGGAUUUGGGUAAGAAUAUAGAGUAUGUAGAGUUUGAAGGACAGCAACAUGGGUUUUUUACUAUUGAUCCAAAUUCUGAACCGUCAAAGGAGUUGAUGUUGGUCAUCAAACAAUUCAUUGAGAAGUAUUAGGGGAAUGUUUGAGAACUUCAAACAUUACUACAACAUGCAGUUUUUUUUAUUACUGUAGUAGCUUUUAAGAUAUCUUAAAUCUAGUAUUUAAAAGUUGUGUUGAAUUGUAAUUUGCAGCUCUACGUGCAGAGUAUAUUAUUGAUAACUCCAUCGGUGUGAGUCAAUAAUAGUCGCAAGUAGUUGAUUUAUUGUGAAUAGUAUGAAAAGUGUGUUCUCCUAUUUCUUGCUGCAUCUUUCUAUUUGAGUCCAAUUCGUCCAAUUCGUAUUUAA